GUGGUGGAAAAGUAAAAACGCAUCCCCCUGUGUUGUAAGGGAGUUGUUAAAAUGAAAUAAUAAAAAAAAGAAAACAGCAAGCAGCUGGCGACGGUGAUUUCUUUCUGUAUAUGUCCACUUCAAACCACAGAGAGGCAACAGCUAGGUGUUUGACGGAUGUGAGGAGGCGUUGAAAGAGGAAGCUCAGCUCAUUGUCACUCUGCUGCUGCUGCUGUUUUCUUUCCUGCAGAACAAUGAAGGCAGUCGGACCACUGAAGGUAUGACAGAAAACCCCGUUCUGCUGGCUGCAGUCCUGACUGUCGUGUCAGUGAUCAUACUGAGUGUGGUGGUGGUGCUGUGCCUGCGAUGCAAAAGGAAAUCCAAGGUCAUACACGAGGAGCCCCAAGUAUACGAGCCUCAGACAUUCCAACGUGGGGGGAGCCAGUUUGCAGUGAUGCAGUCAAAAACAGUCACGAGAGCCAACCAGAGAUCUACAACCAUAGUAAGACAUCCAGAGGAACCUGAUCAGCCAGGAGUUCAGACAGUCAGCUCAAGUCUGGAACACGACUAUGUAGCUCCAAUCGCGAUGUCUGUGUAUGAAAAUGAGAAGCCAGUAGAAAGGGCCGGAGAAGAGGCUCCAGGCAUCUAUGGAAAUGUUUUCAACUCGUUACCAAUCGACGACGACGACUACGAGAACGCGGAGUACCUGGACCAAGUGGCGAAGGAGCAAGAGGACGAUGAGCCGGAUUAUGUCAACGCACCUGAACACGAAGGCGGUGAAAUCAUGUAAUCAGCGUGCAAUGAUCUCUACUUUCUGUCAUAUUAAAUCAAACUUAAAGUUUGUUAUUUGUGAUGAAAUGUUCGUGAAUCUGUUAGAUGUAAAAAAAAAAAAAAAAAAAAAAAAAUACUUGCUGCCAUCUAGUGGUGAAAUAAAUACAUACAAUUUCUAGAAUGUUAUAUUUGAGUGUGAAAGUGCAUGUUUUUUCAAUACAUUUUUUUCAAUAAAUUGAAAGAAAUA